UCUUUGACAAUUAAAUUUAUUCAUAGAUACUUCAUGCUCGUAAUUGUAGUCGAUACUUGUUAGUUUAUCUAUAACACAUUCAAGCACGCUAUGAAGUGAAUCGACUAUAAACUAUUAUAUAGUUAAUUUGAACAAUUAUUUAAAUUAUUUGAUAUCUUUUCCUAUGACUCGAUGAAAUCAUUACUUAUCCGUGCCAUCUGCCGUAAUGGGCAGCGAUCUUUAGACCGUUUACUUAGUUCAAAAACUAGUAAUGUAUCUGAAAAAGAAACUCCAUUGCGCCGCCUUUUACAAGAUGCUAGUGCAUUUGCUGAAGUCGGUGCUUCUGCACCCGCUGAAGGAGAGUUGGAGUGGGCCACCCAGCCUUACACAAUAAAUUCUAAGGAUGAAAAAACUUCAUACAUUGAUCCAAAAGAAACGACCGUACUAUUGUUUCCAGGACAAGGGUCGCAGUAUGUAGGAAUGGGUCGACGCUUACUGGAGGUUCCAGCUGCUAAGGACUUAUAUGAACUUGCUUCUAGCAUUGUUGGCUGGGAUGUGGGGCGCGUGUGUCACGAAGGCCCCGAGGGCGAGCUGCAGCGGCGCUGCCAGACGGCCGUCAUGGUAACGUCGCUGGGCGCGUUGGAGCUGGCGCGCGAGACGCGGCCCGGCGCGGUUGAGCGCGUCCGUGCCGUAGCCGGCUUCUCGCUGGGCGAGAUCUCGGCGCUCGUGUUCGCGGGCGCGCUGCCAUUCGAGCAGGCGCUGCGCCUGGUAGAGCUGCGCGCGGCGGCCAUGGAAGCGGCGGCGCGAGAGCGCAGCGGUGGCAUGCUGACGGUGUGGCUGACGCCGGACGCCACGCUGGCGCGCCUGCUAGCCGCCGCCCGCCAGCACGCAGUCUCGCCCGACCUACCCGACCCCGUCUGCCAGAUCGCCAACUACCUCUUUCCGGGGUGCAAAGUUCUCGCCGGAGACGAGACGGCGCUGCGGUUCGUGGAGGCGGAAGGGCGCGCGUUCGGCGUGCGGCGCAGCGCGCGCGUGCGCGUGGCCGGCGCCUUCCACACGGCGCUCAUGGCGCGCGCCGAGCUGGCCGUGCGCGACGCGCUGCGCCUGUGCGACGUGAGCGCGCCGCGCGUGCGCGUGGUGUCGUGCGUGGACGCGCGCGCGUGCACCGACGCGGCGGCCGUGAGCCGGCGCGUGGCGCGGCUCACGGCGGCGCCCGUGCGCUGGGAGCAGACGCUGCACGCGCUGUACGCGCGCCCGCGCGACGCCGCGCAGCCGCUCACGCUGGCGCUGGGCCCGGGCGGCGCGUUGCGCUCCACGCUCAAGCUGGUCAACGCGCGCGCCUGGGACUGCUCGCUGCAGGUCGACGUUUGACCUUAAGUUUCUCGUGUAAAUAUUAGUUAGUUCUAUAGAGAAGUAUUAAAGUGCGUUUACGAGUA